UUUAAAUUAAUAUAUCGACGUCAUGAUUGAUGAUAAAGUCUCUAACAGAGUUUUAUUUAAUUUGCAAAGGAUACAUAUAUACAUAUUAUUUUCAUGUUAUUUAAAGACUAAUAUUUGCUUUGAUAAUGGCUUAAUUUUCAACAGAUUGUAAGAAAUCAGUGUAAGAAGAGCAUCUAAAUGUUCAUUAAAAGAUUUGAAGUACAGCAUUUUUCGAAGUAACAUGCGUUUUCAUAACAUUAAAUCAUGUUCCCUGAGACGAAUCCUUUACACUUGUGGAGCAUUAAUCAUCACACUGAGUUUUAUCUUGCUGUUGAAUCGAAUCACUUCGCAUCCAACUUUCCGCAAUUUUUGGGCAGGAGACAUUGUCGACUUCAGCAAUUCAAACAACGUAACAGGUUAUCCUUAUCCAAUAGUUCCGGAUGUUGUUCAUUACGUUCGUUUUCGGAAUCCACAGUUGAAUUUCGUCGAUAUGAUAAACAUAAAAUCUGUAUACGUAAAUCACAAACCGAGUGAGAUAGUGAUACAUUGCGACUGUCACAACUUAACAGGAAAGUAUUGGGAUAUGGUGAAAGAAAUACCAGGUUUGCGUGUACAGUACAAAAAAAUACCCACUUACAUUUUUGGCAAACGUCUUAGCUCCGUGUAUCACUCUUCAGAUAUUGCUCGACUUCAAAUUUUAAUGAAGUACGGAGGAGUAUUUUUGGAUAGUGACGUUUAUGUAGUAAAGCCUCUUCAUUAUUACAGGAAAUUCGAAUUUGCAUUAGGUUGGCCACCGAAACAAUUUUUAGGUACGCAAGUUCUGAUAGCCCACAGGAAUUCUCGGUUUUUGAAAUUAUGGUAUCAGUCUUAUAAGUACUAUAGACCUACAAGAUGGUAUUAUAAUGCUGGAGAAUUGCCUACAGAAUCCAUACUUUUGUUCCGUCCGGAUUUCGUUCACAGGGUGCCUUACGAUUUUGGUGUUCAGAAUUUGGCUUUCAUGCUUUAUGGUGUAAGAAGUCCCAACUGGAGAGAUUAUCAUACUAUACAUCUCUUAAUAAGACACCGGAAAUAUCUUGUUCCUGAUGAUCACUUGGAAGAUUUCGAUGAAAAUAAUAUCAAAACUUAUAAUAAAACUUUCGGUGAUAUGGCUAGACAGGUUUUAUUUGGGAAAAGUGAUAUGAUUUUUGUUUAGGAGAGCUGAAAAUUUGGUUGUGAUACUUAAGAUCUGUUUUUAUAAAUAUUCUAUACAUUGUAUUUAGAUAUAUAUACAAGAAAUAUGUAUAUAAAACUAUGACAUUGUUUUCAUUAUUGCGCUACUACAUGAAUAAGUAAUUUGGCUAGAGGUAGGCGUUAAGCCACCACACGUGAUAAAUUUAAUAAUUAAAAAUGAAUAAAAUUAAUUCUGAAUACACUGGAAGAAAAUAAUUGACUCGAUGUGUGUUCAAGUCCCGCUUUGGGUCGAGCCUAAUAGAUUUAUGGGAUUUAAAUGAAUAUUUUAUUUUACUCGAACGUGAUCUGGUGGAGAAAUCUCGGCAAACUAUUCUAAUACUAGCAACAAAGCUGUAAACAAUAUGCGGAGUUUAGGAGCACGGGAUUUUCCAGUUCUGUUGGCCACGUAAACUGGGAUAAAGACAAUAUAAGAAAGCAAGAAAUAAAUGUCAUUUUAAGAGACAUGACCAUCAGUAUGGAGUUUGAUAUAAGCAGUUUUACAGGGGAAUUUUAGGGAUGGUUACAAAGCGAAGUUUUACUGGUUUUCCCGAGAGGCAGGCAUACAUCCUAAGCAAGACGAUAGUAUGAUACUUUUCUUAAUAUAAUAUCUUGGUGGCCAAGCGAAAAUUUUGGAAAUACGUUGGUGUCCUUUUAAAGGAAUUUCAAAAUAUCAGUUUAUCUUUCAUAAGAACCUACAAUAAAACUUAUACGAUGUACCAAUUGAAUUAUGGUAACUAACUAAUGUACAGUGUGAUAUACCUAACGAGCUAGAAUAUACUAAAUAGAGUGACUUUAGCGACGCCAUGUUAAAAAAAAA